GGAUGCGCGCACAGGAGGCUGAGGGAUGGAAACACCAACAUUGACAACAAUGACAUCGAUUAGAAAGCAUCAUUGAUACUGCGUGGACGUGGACAAAGCACAAAGGACUGGGUUUUUUUUCUGUAUUUCUCUAUUUAUAGCCUCUGGAACGUACCAUUCGCUCUCCCCAGAAGAAGGCGCGGGGGUGGCGGGAGAGGCUGUGCGUGACAUGUGCCAAGUCGACUCCGCCGAAACCUCCCCGCCGACGAGGCGGAGGUUGAGCCGACCCUGCCCCGUUUAAACCCAGAAGACAACCCACCGCGACUCAAAUGCAAGGAAAGGAAAAAAACAAAAAACAAAAGAAGCCAGGGACGCGCGGAGCGUGGGUGUAAAUAGGCACGCGUGAACACGCUCUCUCUUUUUUUUUCUUCCUCCCCUCCCUCUCUUCUUCUAUCUCUCCCUCUGUUUGCCUCUUGAUGCCAUCAAUGAGCGACUUAUUGAGCAGGACUUAAAACAUCGGGACCGGGGGAAAAAAAAAAAGAAAUAACAACAACAACCAAAAAAAAAAAAAAAAAAAAAAAAAAAAGAGGGCAUUGCGCGCGUUUUCGCCACGCGCUACAUGUGUUUGCACGCGCGUGUCAAUAUUGGCAGGACGGCAGAAAUCCACGCGAGCGAGACUUCGUCACCUUCUGUUGCGUCCCGGCCUCAACUCGGAGCGACGAUGGCAACUUUGACCAACGGGCAGGUGGACGGCGUCGCCACCAACGGGCUCGUGAACGGAUUAAGCCACGGCCACGGCCACGGCCACGGCGGCCACAGCCCGGCGGGCUGCCCGGCCACCAUCCCCAUGAAGGACCACGACGCCAUCAAACUCUUCAUCGGCCAGAUCCCGCGCAACCUGGACGAGAAGGACCUGCGGCCCCUCUUCGAGGAGUUCGGCAAGAUCUACGAGCUCACCGUGCUCAAGGACCGCUUCACGGGCAUGCACAAAGGCUGCGCCUUCCUCACCUACUGUGCCAGGGAGUCGGCCCUCAAAGCCCAGAAUGCAUUGCACGAGCAGAAGACCCUGCCAGGGGUAAGUCGUAAGCGAAGACAAGACGUACGCGAGAACGGCCCGAUGGAUGGUGGCACCCGCGCAUUCCUUUUUGCAGAUAUCAUGCCUGACAUUUAUUUCAAAUCAAAGGGGACUCGCCAUCUUUGCCACGCCUGUCACUUCCUGUUUAUCACUGGCUGUGCAGCAGACAUGAGCGGAGCCAUCCUUUCUCUUAAACAUCCGUCCUCUCGCUCUCCUCCUCCCCUCACUCAUGACAGUCACACACACAUCAAACACAAACCCAUAGGGAGAAAACGCACACACAGCAUCACAUCAUAGGCACACUAUUUAUAGGCCUUCCUCCAGUUUGGGUAAAUGACUGCGCAUGUUCGUGUGUGUGUGUGUGUGUGUGUGUGUGUGUGUGUGUGUGUGUGUGUGUGUGUGUGUGUGUGUGUGUGUGUGUGUGUGUGUGUGUGUGUGUGUGUGUGUGUGUGUGUGUGUGUGUGUGUGUUCGUUCUUGUAGUUAGGACAUAAAUCAUGGUCCCAAUACGGAAAACCAUUGCAUCUAAUAGAAAGCCAAAUACUAGUGUCCGUGAACAUUGCUCCAAA